GUGUCCCGACUAGUGGUUUUCAGUGUUGAAAACACAACACCGAGUGGACAUCUAUCCGGUCAGCUGUUUUGAGAGUCAAACUCGGAAUCAUUUAAAAAAAAAAGAUCACAAGGAUUUCAUCAUCAACAACAGUAGGAUUCAACGUAAACCAUAGAUAGACACGUUGCACAAAUUGCUACCUUCUUGUACCCAGCACGAAUCAGCAAGCUCAUUACAAUGGGAUCCAGAGCGUCAACGUUACUGAGAGAGGAGGAGAUUGAAGAAAUUAAAAAAGAGACCGGCUUUUCCCACAGCCAGAUCACCCGGCUCUACAGUCGCUUUACCAGCUUGGACAAAGGAGAGAACGGCACGCUCAGUCGGGAGGAUUUCCAACGGAUCCCAGAGUUGGCCAUCAAUCCUCUGGGAGACAGAAUCAUCAAUGCCUUCUUUCCUGAGGGGGAGGACCAGGUCAACUUCAGGGGCUUCAUGAGGACACUUGCUCACUUCCGUCCCAUAGAAGACAACGAGAAGAACAAGGACCCCAUUGCCUCCGAGCCGCUCAACAGCAGGAGCAAUAAACUGCUCUUUGCUUUCAGGCUGUACGACCUGGACAGAGAUGAUAAGAUCUCCCGUGACGAGCUGCUACAGGUUCUUAGAAUGAUGGUUGGUGUGAACAUUUCUGACGAGCAGCUGGGCAGCAUCGCUGAUAGGACCAUCCAGGAGGCCGACCAGAAUGGAGACAACUCCAUUUCCUUUAAUGAGUUCAUCAAGGUACUGGAGAAGGUGGACGUGGAACAGAAGAUGAGCAUCCGCUUCCUGCACUGAGACACUAAUGGGCUUCCUGACAGGACUGUCUCUGAUUGGACCCCAUUCUGACAGGACUGUCUCUGAUUGGCUGGACCCUCCACCUUCACAAUGCCCGUUGGACCAAGACCCAAGCUGUGUCCCAAAUGGCACCCUAUUCCCUAUGUAGUGCACUACUUUUGACCAGUGCCCCUAGGGCUCUGUUAUGUAGUGCACUCAUUUUGUUUAGGUCCCAAGUCAAAAGUAGUGCACUACAUAGCAAAUAGGAUGCCGUUUUGGACGCAGCCUCACACCCAUCUCAACACUAUGCACUCGCUAUCUCUGACCCCUCCUCCAGUACUAUUCGCUAUCUCUGACCCCUCCUCCAGUACUAUUCUCUCUCUCUGACCCCUCCUCCAGUACUAUUCUCUCUCUCUGACCCCUCCUCCAGUACUAUGCUCUCUCUCUGACCCCUCCUCCUGUACUAUGCUCUCUCUCUGACCCCUCCUCCUGUACUAUGCUCUCUCUCUGACCCCUCCUCCUGUACUAUGCUCUCUCUCUCUCUGACCCCUCCUCCAGUCCUAUGCUCUCUCUCUGACCCCUCCUCCAGUACUAUGCUCUUUCUCUGACCCCUCUUCCAGUACUAUUAUCUCUCUCUCUCUGACCCCUCCUCCAGUACUAUUAUCUCUCUCUCUGUCUCUGUGUGUGUGUCCCCCCUCCUCCAGUACUAUUGUCUCGCUGACCAAGGAUUUGGUAGAACAGAUAACGUUGUAGUUUUUUAUUAUUUCUGCUCUGUAAACUAAAGGGAAUACAUGCGUGCCUUGGGAUGUUUUAUGUUGACUCUACCACGUCUCUGAGAGAUGGAACCUUAUUUAUUGUUUAGACCGGUCAAGGUUGAACUAGAUCUCAAUGUUUAUUACCAAGGCUCUCUGUGUUAUAACACCUUCAUGACAUAAGACGUUUAAAACAUGUCUAAAGACGUGUAAAAGACGUGUUUGGUGUCGUUCCAUGUAAAGUAUAGCUUUAUUGUGAUGUUAGCCAGGGCAGAAAAGUCCAAAUCUAUCCUCUUCAUUUAAGAUAACGUUUUAUAUAUAAAAGUGUUUCUGCUUGCUUUGUUAGUAUGAACAUGCAGAUGUAAAAGAUAUGUCCAUUUC